UGGUUAGUUUAAUUUCUUCAGAUCAUUUGUUAGUCGGCUAACUUGUUUAUUAGCACUUUGUUUAUCGCAUGAAGUAGGAGCAGACCCGCCGAACCCAAACGCUCAACUAUCUGCAUUUGUCCCGUCAGAGAAAAAAAUGUGCUCAGGAAAGUGUUCUCCUUUAACUGCAGAGGUCUCCACAUCCCCUCACACACCUUCACCAGCCCGUGUGGUUGCUUCCUACACCGAGCAGGAGGCGGAGGAGGAGAGCAAGGAGAUCGCAGAUAAUACGCAUCCUGGCAGAAGUCAAUGAGAACUUCUCUUCGGUGCAAACGGGCGGUUUGUGAAGCAGCUUUUCGGGACGUUUGGAGAUGCUUUUGAUGCCCUCAGCCGGCGAUGUCGCUUUGUUCGUGCCCACAACAAAACUGAGAGACCAUUUCAAUGACUCAACGUGUUCGGUUUGAGGAGCAAAGCAGACAUUUGUGUUGGAUUCCCAGUCCGGAGUCGUGAUGUCUGCCAGCGCUCGCGCCCUGUUCUUAGUAUUGCUGAAUGUGCUUCAGGCAAACGGCCAGACGGAGAUGAAGAGGGUGGUCGGAGACAACGCCACGCUGCCCUGCCACCAUCAGCUGUGGCAGACCGACAUCGCCCUGCUGGACAUCGAGUGGAUGCUGCAAAUAUCCAGCUCUCGGCAGAAAGUGCUGAUCACAUAUUCCGCGGGUCGGAUCUACGACACCAAUGAGAGCGAAGAUGGUCGCCUGUCCCUAGCCGGAGACUACCUGAAAGGCGAUGCUUCGCUCCUGAUCAGCGACCUCUCGCUCAGCGAUUCGGGCGACUACACCUGCAAGGUCAAGAACGGAGGGAAGUACAUCUGGAACACAGUCAAGCUCAUCGUGCUCUUGAAGCCAUCAAAACCCCGCUGUUGGAUGGAGGGUCGACUCCUCGAAGGCAGUGAUGUCAGAUUGAGCUGCAAAUCCACAGAUGGUUCAGACCCCAUCAGCUACAAGUGGGAGAGAGUCCUGGACAAGGGAAAAAACGCCGGGAAACUUCCACCUCUAGCUUUGAUCGAUCUGAAGAACCCCGAGAUCGUGACAUUGAAGAAUCUGACGAGGGAAAGCGCUGGUGUCUAUAAAUGCACCGCCAGCAAUGAUGUCGGAGAGGAAAACUGCACUUUAGAGGUCAAAGUUCACUAUGUACGAGGGAUGGGCGUGGUCGCCGGUGCAGUGGUGGGCGUAUCCUUCGGCGUUCUCCUCAUUAUCCUUAUCGUCUGGCUUGUUUUCCGCAAGAAAGAGAAGAAGAAAUAUGAGGAAGAGGAAGCACCCAAUGAAAUAAGGGAAGAUGCAGAGGCUCCCAAAGCCAAACUGGUGAAGCCGAACUCUCUGUCGUCGUCCCGCUCUGGCAGCUCUCGCUCCGGGGCAUCCUCCACUCAAUCAAUGGUGCACAACAGCGCCACCCGUGGGCCCAGGCCUCGACUGCCCGUGGUGGCUGCGCUUAAAGAAAGCGGACAGCCUGAAAAGUUCCCUCCGGUGCCACCGCCGUACAACCACGUGGUGCCCAAACCCCCCGAGCCCAGCAGUAGCCCCAAAUCCAGCCCGGCCAAACUCAGCCCAGGGAACCUGGCGAGGAUGGGAGCCACACCGGUGAUGAUUCCUGCCCAAACCAAGGCUUUCCAGACUGUUUAGGCAUACACAAACAGAUAAAACACACACACACACACACACAUCAACUCCCGCAUCUGCUAUCAGGAACAUUCCCAAAGGAUUUCCCAUUCCCUGAGGAAAAUCCAGACGGUCAGGUCUUUGAUUCAACAUUCACAUCAGAAAAAUAUGCUUUUGUUGAUUUUACGCACGCACUGAAGUGGAAAGAGACCCCUUGUGGAGUGUAUUCAUUCUUAAAGGGUAAGGACAGGA